AUGGGGAAGGCGGCGGCGGUGGGGACGGCGGUGGUGGUGUGCGCGGCGGUGGGCACGGCGGUCGUGCUCGGCCGGCGCCGGCGCCGCAGGGACGCGGAGCUGCUCGGCGCCGCCGAGGCCGAGCGCAAGAAGAAGGUGGCGGCCGUCAUCGAGGACGUCGAGCGCACGCUCGCCACGCCCACCGCCCUGCUGCGGGGCAUCUCCGACGCGCUCGUCCUCGAGAUGGAGCGCGGACUGCGCGGGGACAUGCACUCCCAGCUCAAGAUGCUCAUCAGCUACGUCGACAACCUCCCCACCGGGCCAUCAGUGGGGGACGAACAUGGCUUGUUUUAUGCAUUGGAUCUUGGAGGUACCAACUUCCGUGUUCUGCGAGUCCAGCUUGGAGGAAGGGAGAAACGUGUUGCCAAGCAACAGUAUCAGGAAGUCUCUAUUCCACCACACCUGAUGGUUGGAACUUCCUUGGAACUAUUUGAUUUCAUUGCUGCUGUAUUGGCCAAAUUUGUUGAAACUGAAGGUGACGAGUUCCACCUCCCAAUGGGGAGGCAGAGAGAGCUGGGUUUCACCUUUUCCUUUCCGGUAAACCAAUUAUCGAUAUCAUCAGGAACACUCAUCAAGUGGACAAAGGGCUUUUCAAUCAACGGCACGGUUGGUGAGGAUGUUGUGGCUGAGUUGAGCAAGGCCAUGGAGAGGCAGGGGCUGGAUAUGAAAGUUACAGCACUGGUUAAUGACACAGUCGGCACAUUGGCUGGUGGGAGAUAUAUGGAUAAUGAUGUGGUUGCUGCUGUAAUAUUGGGCACUGGUACAAACGCAGCAUAUGUUGAGCAUGCUAAUGCAAUUCCUAAGUGGACUGGACUACUGCCAAAAUCCGGAAAUAUGGUAAUCAACACGGAAUGGGGAAGCUUUAAAUCGGACAAGCUUCCACUUUCAGAAUACGACAAAGCAUUGGACUUUGAAAGUUUGAACCCUGGAGAACAGAUCUAUGAAAAGUUGAUUUCCGGCAUGUAUCUUGGAGAGAUUGUGCGAAGAAUCUUACUGAAACUGGCUCAUGAUGCUGCAUUGUUUGGGGAUGUUGUUCCAGCUAAGCUGGAACUGCCAUUCGUACUUAGGACCCCAGAUAUGUCCGCCAUGCACCACGAUGCAUCACAUGACCUUAAAAUUCUGGGAAGCAAGCUAAAGGAUAUCGUUGGGGUUGCGGAUACUUCCCUGGAAGUAAGAUACAUUACUCGUCACAUAUGUGACAUCGUUGCAGAGCGCGGCGCACGCUUGGCCGCUGCUGGCAUAUAUGGCAUCCUGAAGAAGCUAGGCCGGGACAAGGUGCCAACCGACGGCAGCCCGAUGCAAAGGACCGUGGUUGCAUUGGACGGUGGUCUCUAUGAGCACUACAAGAAGUUCAGCAGCUGCUUAGAGGCAACUCUUUCAGAUCUCCUCGGGGACGAAGCCUCUUCUUCGCUGGUUGCCAAGCUGGCCAAUGACGGCUCUGGCAUUGGAGCUGCUCUCCUCGCCGCUUCGCACUCCCAGUACGCUGAUAUCUACUAG